AAGAAAUGAAAAAUCAAACUGAAAGAGUGUAUAGCUGUGUGUAUAGUGUGUACAGGGUCUGAUUGAGGUAACUUAAGAUUUAGUAAAAUGUUUGUAUGUAUGAAACAGUGUUUGUGAGCCAAGUUAUGUACAGAUAAUUUCCUAACAGGAAAAACAGGUUUGUGAUGGGCAGUGUCAUGAAAGGUCCUUAAAAGGUGUGUGUGUAUAUAUGUAUUUUCACUCAAGUUGUACUCAACUGUUCCACAGUUGUGGAAAUAUACAAUUUGGGGAUUCUCCUAUAACAAGACGCAUUUAGCGUUAGCGAUAGCAUUGUCCACCCGCCAGUUCGGAGAAGCAUGGCCCGUGUGAAAGCUUACAACGCACUGAUGGGAGGCAUAAAGGAGCUGGACUUCCAAGGAAAGGCGGUGCCCAGUGAUCUGGUGCUAAUUGGCGAUGAAGCUUUUCCUCUGGCCAUGAACCACAUGGGCCAGGUCCUAAUGGCUGCUUCCAGUUACGGAAUGGGGCGCCUUGUGGUGCUGGGCCAUGAGGAAUACCUCACUUCCUUCCCCUCUGUGGUGAAGAAUAUCCUGGCAUGGCUGAAAACUCCCAGUAACCCCACUGUGGGCAUCCACCCGGCUUGUACCUCAUUUGCCCAAAGUCUUAGUUGCCCCAAUGAGGUGGGCAAUUUCCAGAAGAAGAUGGGGAUCUAUGUCACAGAUGCCUACAGUGUGGCUGGCUCAGAGAAGGAGCUGGUGAGUUAUAUGAAGGGCGGAGGAAGCCUGCUUGUGGCUGGGCAGGCCUGGAACUGGGCCAAGAUGAACCCAGGCAAGAGUGCCCUUAGAGAUUUCCCUGGAAACAAGGUGUGCAGCGUGGCAGGGAUCUACUUCUCGGAGCAUCAGGGCAAGCUGGGCAUGUUCCCAGUGCCUAAGGAGAUUCCCACCAGCUGGCUGGGAAUGUCGAUAGGUAAGGAUUUCAAGGAUGACUACAAGUUCCUGCUGGAUGGGGUCUCUGAGUUCGAUAUAAGCGGUGGAGCACUGCCUUCUGAGAUCCUGGUGCAUGGUCCGUUGGCCUUCCCCAUCGCCACCACUGGUGAUGGCAGGGCCUUUUUUGCUGGAGCUCAUUAUGGACAGGGCCGUGUAAUCGUGGGCACCCACGAGGGCUACCUGGGCCGUGCUGAGCUGUCCCGCUUCCUGUGCAACGCGGUGCGCUGGCUGGACGAGGGCCGCAACGGGUGCGUGGGUGUCCAUCCCAACCUGGCUGCUGCCCAGUCCCUGCUGACCCAGUCUGGCCUGCGCUGCGAGCGCACCAACUUCAGGGAGGACCUCAGCGUGUACGUCUGCAACUCCUAUAGCGACGAACACUGCUCGAGGAUUCAGGGGUUUGUGGCUGAAGGAAAAGGUCUCCUUAUUGCUGGCCAUGCAUGGAAUUGGGCUCAGAACCACGGCAACCACAGAGUGUUGACUGCUUAUCCGGGCAACCGCAUCCUAAAUAAAAUGGGUAUCAGCAUCAUGGGAAGCACAGUGAACGCGGGCCGUUACAAGGCCCCAAAGCCUGAGACGGCCUGCUCGGAAGUCUACCACUUCCGGCCCAUGCUGCGGCGGUUAGCAGGCAAUGUGAUAUGCGGGGAGCCUCUGAAGCAGAAUGAAGCCGAUUCGCUGAAACAUCUGGGUCAAGACUGCAGCGCCUACCUGCACAUGCAGGCUCACAACUGCCACUCCUACUCCUCCAUCGUAUCCGUGCUCACCAACGUGGUGAAGCAAGGCGGAGUGCCCCACGUUAGCAAGAACCACCCCGUCAAGGAUCCCAAAGACCAUUUGCUCCUCAGUGUCUGCAGCCAGCUGUAUGAGGCGUUGCCCAAUCCAGAUGAAAUUGUGCCCUAUAUUGUCAGACAAAAGAACCAGCUGCCUGUUGUUUCCAACGCCAAAGCAUUUAUCGAUGGAAACACCGCAGGCCGUGAAGAUUGGAAAAGCACCGGCCUGUACCUCUCACCUGGAAUGAGAACGCAUGUCGCAGUUCCUUCGAUGAUUGUUGGGAAAGGUUGGCAGUUGCAGAUCGGCUGCCAGACGGAUAAUCUUGGCAAUGCGGGGGAACUGAAGAGGGCACCUGUGGUGCACAAGCGCUUCCCCGUCAACUCAGAGAUGAUCCUGGUGUCAAACCUCUGGGGCGGGCUGCUUUACUUGGUGGCUCCGCCGAACAGCACAGUGGGAGAUUUUGAAAUCCAAGCGCAAUGGGCCAUCCUUGCCCCCUACUACAAAUCGGGAAAGACCACGGUGGCAGAGUGGGUGGGUGGUCUGCGAGCUGCACCCGCUCCCUGGGCAGAGCUGGAGUUUGACAACAUCAUCCUGACGAUGAAAUCCAAGGUGGUGCGGGAUUUGGACAGGCCGGAUGAGGUGGCCACCCUCUGGAACAGCAUCAUGAAAGGCGUGGCCGACCUGGCCUCCAUCCCUACCAAAUUACCCCGCAAGGAGCGCUUUGUGGCGGACGUGCAGAUAUCUUGUGGGUUCAUGCAUGCAGGCUACCCUGUUAUGUUACAUGACCACUCUGUGAAAAACCUCCUGGAGCCAAAGGUGGCCCGUGACAGAGGCAUUUGGGGUGCAAUCCACGAGCUGGGCCACAACCAACAGCGGAAUGCUUGGGAAUUUCCCCCUAAUACCACCGAGUGCACCUGCAACCUGUGGUCCAUAUAUGUCCAUGAGGAGGUUCUGGGUGUUCCCCGGGCCAAGGCCCACGAGGCUGUCAAUCCCAAGAAUAGGAAGCAGAGGCUUGAGCUGUUUGUGAGGGAAGGGAAACAAUUUUGCAAGUGGGACAUGUGGACGGCACUGGAGACCUACAUACAGCUCCAGGAGAAGUUUGGCUGGGAUGCCUUCAAGAAAGUCUUCUCUGCCUAUCACAACAUGAAAAAUGUGCCUAAUGACAGAGAUGGAAAAAUGAACCUGUACGCCGAGACCUUUUCCAAAACCGUCAACCAAAACUUGGCACCCUUCUUCAAAGCCUGGGGUUGGCCCAUUAGCGCCAAUCUUGAGAAAAAUCUGGCUGCCCUCCCAGUCUGGGGUGAUCACCCAAUGGUCAAUUAUGCUUGAAUGGAGAGCUGAGCAAGUAAUGCAUUUGCAUAGUCAGAAAAAAAGCAAGGUAUAUCAUUCAUGUUUUAUCAAUAUGUUAAUAGGUGGAGAGAGAAAUAUAUUCACUCAUGUACUUGGGAAGAGAAAUAAGACCCAGUAAAAUAAACAAUAAAUAAUAAAGGCGUCUAAUUUAGUAAGGAAA